GAUAUCUCCCAGUUCUUCUACAAAGCUUCCGGAUCUAACUCUCCCUUCCUCCUUCCGCCAAUAAGGCGAACUGGUUUCUGGGGUUUCCUUCUCUUCUCUUCUCCAUCGGCCCUUUCCCUUUCGAUCCGUUCUUUUGGUUUUGGACGUCUCUUAGGGCUUCUUUGUGCUCGAUUUUCCCGCUGGAUCUCGCCUACCGGAUCAUCUUUUCUUCAAGAAGGUAUCUUCAAACCUGUCAUUCCUCUUCGACAAUUCAGUAUCAGCCAGGAAGGAAAAAUAUCAGAGGCUUGUUGGAGUUGCAGAUCACUGAAUUCUGGAGACUCGCUGCGCUAUUUGAAGCUUGCUGUCGGUUUUUGAUAUGUUUCACUAUGUAGAUUAAAAGGUGCCACCAUAAGGUCCUCGGAGAAUUUUAAAAAAUCUAGCGUCCCUUACUGGAGCCCUAUUUUCAAGAUGAUGAAGGGAAGAGAUGGAGGCGAAAAGAAACACUUGUUCCUAUCAUUGUGUCUUGCAGUUCUGGUUCUAGUUGUUUUGGUUCUGUACUAUGGAUCUUUCUUUGGUCCUCAGGGUCAGGAUGCUAACUCUGCUUUAGAGUUUGGUGGUAAAAUUAAGAGAUCAAUUGGUUGGUCUAAUGAUGGUAAUGAAGAGGUAGGCAAAUCAGAAGAGCCCAUUAUCAGUCAGGAGGAUGGAGAUUACAAUCUUUCACCAAAAAGCUUUCCUGUCUGUGAUGAUCGACAUUCGGAGCUCAUUCCCUGCCUGGAUCGAAAUCUUAUUUACCAAACAAAACUUAAGCUGGAUUUGUCUUUGAUGGAGCAUUACGAGAGACAUUGCCCACAACCUGAGAGGUGCUACAACUGCUUGAUUCCCCCACCACCUGGCUACAAGGUUCCAAUAAAGUGGCCAAGGAGCCGAGAUGAAGUUUGGCAAGUAAAUAUUCCCCACACACACCUUGCACAUGAGAAGUCUGACCAGAACUGGAUGGUUGUCAAGGGAGACAAGAUUGUUUUUCCUGGAGGUGGCACUCAUUUUCAUUAUGGAGCUGAUAAAUAUAUUUCACACCUUGCAAAUAUGCUUAAUUUCAAAAAUAACAUCUUAAACAAUGAGGGAAAUAUCCGGACGGUUUUUGAUGUUGGCUGUGGAGUUGCUAGCUUUGGAGGAUAUCUUUUGUCAUCUGAUAUCAUAGCAAUGUCUCUAGCACCAAAUGAUGUUCAUCAAAAUCAGAUCCAAUUUGCACUUGAGAGGGGAAUUCCUGCUUACCUAGGUGUAUUGGGGACAAAGAGACUUCCUUAUCCAAGCAGAUCUUUUGAAUUUGCACAUUGUUCUCGGUGUCGAAUUGAUUGGCUUCAAAGAGAUGGGAUUCUUCUUCUUGAGUUAGACAGGUUGCUUAGGCCGGGAGGCUAUUUUGCUUAUUCAUCUCCUGAAGCAUAUGCUCAAGAUGAAGAGGACCUCAGGAUAUGGAAGGAGAUGAGUGCACUGGUUGAGCAGAUGUGUUGGAAGAUUGCUGCCAAAAGGAACCAAACUGUUAUAUGGGUCAAACCUCUGACAAAUGAUUGUUAUAUGAAGAGAGAACCAGGAACUCGACCACCUCUAUGCAGAUCUGAUGAUGAUCCUGAUGCUGUUUGGGGUGUUCCAAUGGAGGCUUGUAUUACUCCUUACUCUGAACAGAUCCAAAGAGAUGGAGGAAGUGGAUUGGCUCCUUGGCCAUCUCGCUUAAUUACCCCACCUCCACGCCUUGCUGACCUUGGUAUUUCGAAAGACAUGUUUGAAAAGGACAUGGAAAUUUGGCAACAGAGAGUUGAGAAUUACUGGAGCCUCUUUAGUGCAAAGAUACGGCCAAAUACGCUGAGAAACUUGAUGGAUAUGAAUGCUAACAUGGGAUCAUUUGCUGCUGCACUCAAAGAUGAGCCUGUUUGGGUUAUGAAUGUUGUACCAGAAGAUGGACCAAACACCCUCAAGAUUAUUUAUGACAGAGGACUGAUAGGCACUGUGCAUGACUGGUGUGAGGCAUUUUCAACAUACCCUCGAACUUAUGAUCUCCUUCAUGCUUGGACUGUUUUUUCUGACAUCCAGAAGAAAGGGUGCAGCGCUGAAGACCUGCUUAUUGAGAUGGAUCGAAUCCUAAGGCCAAAUGGUUUUGUAAUUGUCCGGGACAGGAGGCCAGUCACAGAGUUCAUCAAGAAGUAUCUUACAGCAAUGCACUGGGAAUCAGUGGCUGUUGUGGAUGCUGAAUCCAAUUCAGAUUUGGAGGACAGAGAAGUCAUUCUUUUGAUACAGAAAAAGAUGUGGCUGAUAGAUGGAAGCACCAAGGAGUCGGCAUAAAACACUAAAACUCUGUGGAAUUUGGCCAAACAUGAUUCACAUUGGAAGUUGAGACAUUACAGCUUGUCAUUGUUGUCGUGUGAGUCAACUUUUUGUUUUUUUCGUGAAUCAACAGCUAAAAUUAUUUUAGAGCGUUUUUUCUUAACAUUACAAAAUGCUGAACAGCUUAAUCCCAAGAUUGUAAGUGUGGUUGUAUAGCAUACUGGAGAUGCAAUUGUAAUCUUAUGGUAUGCCA